AUGGCGACCGAACAAGCAAAGAAUGAGCUCAAGCAGCAGGGCGCCAUCGAGGCAGCGCACGACCCCAACAGCUCCGUCACAGCUGCAGAUGCCGAGAAGAAGAUUGUCGAGGACAGCAGGAGUGCCGGCAUAGCUGCCUACUCCUUCGACCCCGAUGCCAGCCCAGAGGAGAAAAAGGCUCAAGCCAGAGCUGCGCUCCCCGAAGGCUUCCACAACCCCAAGCGCACCAAAGGCGUUGCCAUUGUGACCGAUAUCGACGAUGGCAGCAAGCCCGCCUACGAUCUCCCCAGUCCCUCCAAGGCCGGAGCCAUCGAAGUCCCCAAGGAUUCUCAAGGCAAGCCCACCGGCGCGGGCGAAGAUGCAGACCAAUUUGGUGAAAAAACAGGAUGGACUCCCCGGUUUGGCUGGCCCACCGAGCCUAUCCAGGAGGGCGAGAGCUUACUGGAUCACUCUACGUGGCUUGAAGGCCAGAUCCCAGACAAGUUCUUUGGUGAUUGGUACUACAAUGCCGGAGUAAUUGUCUUCGCAUGCAUCACUUCCUGGCUCGUGGCCGUCUUCGGUGGUGGUCUCGCGUGGGUCUUCAUUAUCAUGGCAAUAUGCUCAACUUACUACCGGACAUCCAUCCGUCGAGUCCGACGCAAUUUCCGGGACGAUCUGAACCGCGAGUUCUCCCUGAAGAAGCUAGAUACGGACACCGAGUCCCUCGAGUGGAUUAACUCCUUCAUGGUAAAAUUCUGGCCGAUCUACCAGCCCGUUCUGGCCCAGACUGUAAUCAACUCAGUCGACCAGGUCCUCAGCUCAGCCACUCCAGCAUUCCUCGACAGCUUGAAGCUGAAGAGCUUCACUCUAGGUUCAAAGCCACCGCGAAUGGAGCAUGUCAAGACGUAUCCCAAGGCCGAUGAUGACGUUGUCAUCAUGGAUUGGAAAUUCAGCUUCACCCCCAAUGACACUGCUGAUAUGACUGCUCGCCAGAUCAAAAACAAGAUUAACCCGAAAGUCGUCCUAGAGAUCCGUGUAGGCAAGGCCAUGAUCAGCAAAGGUCUCGAUGUCAUCGUGGAAGACAUGGCUUUCUCCGGCUUGAUGCGCCUUAAGGUCAAGCUUCAGAUUCCAUUCCCUCACGUUGAGAAGGUGGAAAUGUGCUUCCUCGAGCGACCUACAAUUGACUACGUCUGCAAACCAUUAGGUGGUGAAACAUUCGGUUUUGACAUCAAUUUCAUUCCUGGACUGGAGAGCUUCAUCCAAGAGCAGAUUCACGGUAACCUUGCGCCGAUGAUGUACGCACCAAAUGUAUUCCCCAUCGAAGUCGCCAAGAUGCUUGCUGGUACUCCUGUUGAUCAAGCUAUCGGAGUUAUUGCGGUUACCCUCCAUGGAGCACAGGGCCUGAAGAAUGCAGACAAAUUCUCCGGUAACCCAGAUCCGUAUGCGGUUGUCACGCUAAACAAGCGAGCGCCUCUGGCAAAGACGAAGACCGUCCACGACACAGCUAACCCUCGAUGGAACGAGACACACUAUAUCAUCGUAACCUCCUUCAACGAUUCUCUUGAUAUUCAGGUCUUUGACUACAAUGACAUCAGAUCAGACAAGGAGCUCGGUGUUGCGUCAUUCCCAAUCGAGAACCUCGAAGAAAUCAACGAGUACGAAAACGAGCGCCUUGAGAUCAAGUCUGCAGGCAAAGCUCGCGGUGCUCUAUCAUGCGAUAUUCGCUUCUUUCCUGUCUUGGAAACUAAGAAGUCCCCCGAAGGUAUCGACGAGCCUCCACCGGAGACAAACACAGGCAUUCUGCGUUUUUCUGUGGAGCAAGCCAAGGAUCUUGAUGGCACAAAGAGUCUCGUUGGCCUUCUAAACCCUUACGCUCACCUGAUGCUCAACGGCAAGGAGAUUCACACCACGAAGAAGCUUAAGCGCACCAACAACCCCAUCUGGGACAACGGCUCCAGAGAGAUCCUUAUCACAGAUCGCAAGAACGCCAAGCUAGGUGUCGUUAUCAAAGAUGAGCGCGACAUUACAGGCGACCAGGUCAUUGGUACAUAUCAGAUCAAGCUUGAGGAUAUGCUGGAAUUCAUGGAGAAAGGUCAAGAUUGGUACAACUUGUCAGCUACCAAAACUGGUCGCGUCAAGAUGCAAGCUCAAUGGAAGCCGGUUGCGUUAUCUGGCAUAGUGGCUGGGACUGGUGGCUACCAGACACCCAUUGGCAUCAUGCGCGUGCACUUCCAGAAGGCCAAGGACUUGCGGAACUUUGAGACCAUGGGCAAGUCAGAUCCAUAUGCACGAAUCUUGCUUUCUGGCAUUGAGAGAGCCCGAACAGUUACAUUCAAGAACAAUCUUGACCCUGACUGGGAUGAAGUUCUGUACGUCCCCGUACACUCUUCACGCGAGAGGCUGCAACUUGAAGUCAUGGACUCCGAAAAGAUGGGCAGAGACCGCAGUCUCGGUCUGGUUGAGGUUUUCGCAGCAGACUACGUUCACCAAGACGAGGCUGGAGAGUAUCUUGUUCAUGAAGAAAAGGUGUUACGCGAGGACGGCCUUCGACUUCACGGCAAGGGCAUCGCAAAGGGUAUUCUCACGUAUACCGUCGCUUUUUAUCCAUGCCUUAAUGUUGCCGAUCCUGAAGAUGAAGAGGAGGCUGCUGACGGCGAGGCAAAGAAGUCACUUGAUGUUCCUCGAUCCGAAAAUGCUGGUAAAUUUUCAGCAACUAUCGGUAAGGACGGCGAGAAGGAGCCUGCUACUCCCAAGUCUCCCGUUACUCCUGUGUCACCAGGUCUGCCCAGAAAAUCUCUCCAGGAACGCACGCCGCCAAAGGUGCACCUUACCCCACAAGAACUUCUUAAGUACGAGUCGGGACUGGUCAUCUUCAAACUCAUGGACGCAGAGUUGCCGAAGAGCGAUACUCGCAUCGAGGUCUUUGUCGAUGACAUGGCAUUCCCCUCCUACACUUCAUCCAGAGCGAAGUCAAGAAACUUCAAGUUCGACGAGAUUGGAGACUGUUUUAUUCGUGAGUUGGACUUCUCCAAACUGACUUUGAAAGUCCGAGAGAAGGGCAGUAAGCCAGAGGAGGGUGAUAAGGAGCAUACGCUGGCGCGUCUCACAGGUAGUACCCUGGAAACCUUGAAGCAAUGCCUGAACAAUCCUACAACAUUGAAAAUGAAGGAUGAGGAUGGCAAAGUCAGCUCCGUGAAAGUCAGCCUGAAGUAUGUGCCCGUGAAGAUGAAGCUUGAUCCCAGUGAAAGCAUCAACAAUAUGGGUAAUCUGCGCGUCGACGUCUUGGACGCGAUGGAUCUUCCUUCUGCCGACCGUAAUGGCAAGAGUGACCCGUACUGCAAGUUCGAGUUGGGUGGCGAGGAGGUCUUCAAGACCAAGGUCCAGAAGAAGACGUUGCAUCCCGCUUGGAACGAGUUCUUCGAGGUCCCAAUUCCUUCAAGAACUGCAGCCAAAUUUACCGUCAAAGUUAUGGACUGGGACUUUGCAGAUAAGCCUGAUUUCCUCGGUGGAGCAGAUAUCAAUCUCGAGCAGCUAGACCCCUUCAAGGCACAAGAGGUGAAGUUGAUGCUCGAUGGCAAGUCUGGCUCCAUCCGGUUGCGACUGCUUUUCCGCCCGGACUACGUCACCAGGAGCAGGCAUGGAACUUCGACCUUCUCUGGCACCUUUGCAGCACCCGGCAGGAUUGUUACUGGCGUUGCUGGAGCUCCGAUCAAAGGAGGAGUCGCUGUUGCCGGUGUGGUGGGCCACGGUGUUGGAAAAGGGGCAUCGUUCCUCAAGCGUGGCUUCGGUGGUAAGAAGCAGGAUGAUGACCUUAAUGGUGCAGCAAGCUCUGAAGUACCAACCAUUGUCACCACUAAUGGUGCGGACGCUGGGCCUGGUUCUGGUCUCAAACGCUCCACAGGCCUAUCCCUAGAUCCUGAGGCUUCCCCGAAUGGAUCUCCAACAGUCAAUGGUAACGGCCAUGCUCGCACCAAGAGUUUCGGGGCAGCAUCUGUUCAUAGCACUUCCGGAGGCGGUCCGGGUUCUGGCACCGCCGUAUUUACCAUUGUGUCGGCUACAGGCUACCCGCCAUCCUCGGAUAUCUAUGUCAUGCUCAACCAACUGACACCCAAGCAAAAGACCAUCGGCAAGACUAAGCACCAUAAGUCUGGAGCUGGCAAUCUUCAGUUUAAUGAGACUUUCAAGACCACCUGCACUCCAGAUGCUCAGUUCCAGCUCAAGGCCAUGGAGAAUCACACUUUCAGCAGUGAUGAUGAUCUGGGCGAGUCUAUCUGCGUUGUCGACGAAUCCGGAUCUGGCGCUGAGAAAGAGUUCAGGGUCGGCAGUGGUACCAUUAUCAUCAAGAGCACCUUCACGCCUGCGGAGAGCGUAACCGACAGCCCAAAAUCGUCGCUACGACGAAGCUUUUUGAGCAAGAGGGAGAGCCGUGCUCCUAGCAGAGAGGGAACGCCAUCCACGUAG